CUGCAGUGCUCUCAUAUUGUCUAUACUCAGGUGUCCUCAGUGACGCCUGAGAUGAGCUGGUGACCUUCAUGUUUAGCAAUCCCCAUUGGAAUAGAGACAGGGAUGGUGUGGGGAUGCUGUGCUUGGUGUCGGCACUGUUAUGGAGUGCUGCCCUGACCAUGCUGUGGUCCCAUUCCUGUCCCCAUGGUGCAAUGGCUCAAGUCAUAGGGGUGUCCCUCCUAGGGGGGAUGUAGGACAUCCCCAUGGAUGCUCUGCAGCUGUUCCCUGCCCAAGACCAUGUUCUGUGGGGUGAGACAGCAUUGCUAACACGCAGCCCAUCCCCGUGGCAUUAAUCCUGACACCCCCUCCCCAUGCACGCACACACUCCCACCCUCCUCCCCACCAUUCCUGUGGGGAAGGACACUAGAUUACCCAUUUGAGAAGAAGGGACUUAAUCCUAUUAUCCCCGAAGAGGAUAAAUCUGCCAGCCCCCAGCUGCCACACAGAGCACCCAGAGGACGUGUGGAGCAGGCUGGAGGGACUCAUUUGGAGCAGCACCGGCCUUGGGCACGGUGUGAGGAACCACCCCGUGCCAGUACCAGAACCACAGGGACAGCCGUGCCGCAGGGUGGGCUGUUAGCCCUGCUACAGCCAUGAGCUUGGAGCCCCACAAACCAGAGCUCAAAUCAGCCACCAGAGUGACCGGGGGACCUGCCACCCCCCGGAAAGGACCACCUAAGUUCAAGCAGAGGCAGACGCGGCAAUUCAAGAGCAAGCCACCCAAAAAGGGGGUGCAGGGGUUUGGCGAUGACAUCCCAGGCAUGGAGGGGCUAGGAACAGGUAUGUGGUCCCCAUUCCUUUAUGGUGCAGCUGCAGGGCUUGCAGCAGUGCUGAGACUUGUGCUGAUGCAGCCUCUGCUCUCCACAGAUAUCACGGUGAUUUGCCCAUGGGAAGCUUUCAGCCAUCUGGAACUGCACGAGCUGGCCCAGUUUGGCAUUAUCUAGGCUGGCUACAGCCACCACCACCACCUGCCCUAUAGCAGUGCUUUCUUAGAAACUGCCCUAUCCAUGUAGCAGGGCAUAGCCUGGAGAAACAGUCAUUAAAACCUGAAAUAAACACAGGAGUCUGGUGUUAUGGUCUGGGGCUGGAAAGCUACAAGGGUGGGCAACCACACCAGAGAGGACAG